AUGUACAUUCAGAACAGGAUUCGGGUAAAAUUUCGCAACAAAACUUACACGUACCGUGACCUCUGUCUUCGAUGGAAAAAGAAAGGGUGUCCUGGAAAUGGACACAUCCAGGUCAUCUCCGAGCUUUACAACCACGGCAUUAACAUCACCUAUCCGACGAGCGGUUACAUUGGUGCUGGCCUGGGAGGCGUUUCCUUGAGCAAGGACGACAACGGUACCGUAAUUCUUGCGGCAGCUCGAGCAUGGCUAUUGGUUUAUCAGCUAAAGUUUUUCCCUGUUAACGUUUCCUACGUGUCGGGAAUUUGGGAGAAGUCUUUCAAGAUGCACAUGGACCAUUAUCCGGUAGACCCGUACAUUUCCAUCACGUAUUUCCACUCACAAACUUUGGCCGAGGAGCUGAAACGAAACGCGGACAGCUUGGUUCCCAGAUUUAUCGCUGCUUUUGUUAUUCUUGUCGUCUUCGCCGUAAUCUGCUCGCUGGUCACAAUCAAAGGAACCUUCUACGUUGAUUGGGUUCUGUCGAAGCCGAUUCUCUCAGUACUGGGAGUGGCAAACGCUGGUAUGGGAAUUGCGAGUGCUAUGGGAGGACUGGUACUUCUGGGAGUACAGUAUAACGACAUAGUGGCUGUGAUGCCCUUUCUUGUUGUUGCUGUGGGCACGGAUAACAUGUUUUUGAUGGUAGCUGCAGUAAAAAGGACUUCACGGAUCCUUCCAGUCGAAAAACGUAUUGGCGAGUGUAUGUCCGAUGCUGCAGUGUCCAUACUCAUCACAGCACUCACCGGUGAGCUCUUCACUUCUGAGUCUUUUCUUCAGUUACAGGGUUAUCCGAAGCAAUAG